GUUUCCAUUUUCAAAACAUUGCUACUUGAGAAUAGGGAGCUUCCUGACCUGAGGCUGUGGCCAACCGGUAAUGAUUUGUACAUAAGGCGCUGACCCAGACCAUUAAGAAUCAUGGAUGAUGAAUGGAAACCACUGCUGGCCUCAGAGAGAGCUGGAGACAGCUACACAGAUCGUGGUGUUACAGAUUCUUUGGACCCAAAGUCAAAAAGGCCUUUCCACGUGGAGCCACGGAACAUCGUGGAGGAGGACGCGCAGGAGAGGGUUUCCGCGGAGGCCUCCGUGAUGAACAGCAGAGUGCACUACUACAGCCGUCUGACCGGCUCCUCCGACAGAUUACUGGUUCCUCCUGAUCACGUGAUCCCUGCUCCAGAGGAGAUCUAUGUUUACAGCCCACUGGGAACGGCGUACAAAGUCCAGGGAGGCGAGGGCUCAGUCAAAAACCCCAGCAUCGUCACCAUUUUUGCGAUAUGGAACACAAUGAUGGGAACCGCUAUACUAAGCAUACCAUGGAGCAUAAAGCAGGCAGGGUUUACCUGCGGCGUCAUCAUUCUGGUCACCAUGGGGCUGUUGACUCUUUACUGCUGCUACCGGGUGCUGAAGUCUCCCAAGGCGAUACAAUACGCAGAUACCUCAGAUUGGGAGUUUCCAGAUGUGUGUAAAUAUUACUUUGGGACUUUCGGCCAAUGGUCCAGUCUGGUGUUUUCCAUGGUGUCACUGGUUGGUGCCAUGGUGGUUUACUGGGUCCUUAUGUCUAACUUCCUAUUCAACUCGGGAAAAUUCAUUUACAACUAUGUUCACAAUGUCAGCAUGACAGAUGAUGAGUUUGGAACAAAUGGAACUGAAAGAGUGAUCUGCCCGUUCCCCAACACCGACCACAAGGACAACAGCAGCCUGAGCAUGUACUACGUGAGUGACAACGGCACAGGGACGUCGCAGUUCGACCGCUGGUGGAGCAAGACCAACACGGUCCCCUUCUACCUCAUCAUCCUGCUCCUCCCCCUCCUCAACUUCCGCUCCGCCUCCUUCUUUGCCAGGUUCACUUUCCUUGGUACGAUAUCUGUGAUCUACCUGAUAUUUCUGGUCACACUGAAGGCAAUUCGUCUGGGCUUUCACCUGGAGUUCCACUGGUUCGACUCCACCAAAUUCUUCAUGCCAGAGUUCAGACUGCUGUUCCCACAGCUGACAGGAGUUCUUACUCUGGCCUUCUUCAUACACAACUGUAUCAUCACUCUGAUGAAAAGCAACAAAAAUCAGCAAAACAACGUGCGGGACCUGUCUGUGGCGUACCUGCUGGUGGGGCUGACCUACCUUUAUGUGGGAGUUAUGAUCUUCGCUUCCUUCCCCUCCCCUCCACUGCCUAAAGACUGCAUUGAGCCGAACUUCUUGGACAACUUCCCCAGCAACGAUAUCAUGGUGUUUGUGGCACGGACAUUCCUGCUGUUCCAAAUGACCACGGUGUACCCGCUGCUGGGGUACCUGGUACGCGUGCAGAUGAUGGGCCAGAUCUUUGGCAAGCACUACCCUGGCUUCUUCCACGUCUUCACCCUGAACGUCAUCAUUGUUGGUGCAGGGGUCCUCAUGGCAAAGUUCUACCCCAACAUUGGUUCCAUUAUCAGGUACUCAGGGGCGUUAUGUGGCCUCGCCCUGGUCUUUGUGUUUCCUUCUCUCAUCCACAUGAUGGCCCUUCAUCGCACGGGGACGCUCCGCUGGCCCUCCGCCCUCUUCCAUAGCUUUAUAAUCCUGCUCGGAGUGGCCAAUUUGGUUGGGCAGUUCCUCAUGUAACUCCAUAUUCUCACACUGUCUGCUGCCAGGACUGACCCAUACUGGUGGUUCAGUCAGGAGUCUACCUUCCACCACUCCCAGGGGAAUUCUGCAAACAGAAUGGGCGUAGGAUUUCCGAUUUCGGCAACAGCCAAGACAGCAAAACUGAAAAAGACAUUUUCUGCCAUUUUUGCAGAAGCAUGGUUUUGUAGAUAUACAUUACAAACUCAUUUCUAGCUCAGAUAUGACUAACCGAGCUAUGUUUACUUCAGCUUUGAGGGCCUUGACUCUUGACUUGUGACCUUAGUGUCACAAAUCGUACAGCAUUCUGCAGCUGUUCUAGAUAUUUCAGUAUCUCCAUAAGAACAGUCUGUUCAGAGAUGGAAGGAAAUGAUGAAUUGAACCAUUGUGUAGCAGUGUAGCAUUCAGACACCCUAACAUUCAUGUAUUGCUGAAAGCCUGCCACAAACAGCGCUUAUUCAAGUUCUCAGCAUAUUUCCCAAACUUCAGGAACAGCUACAUUUUUUUCCAAUGUGAAGUUUUGUUCGUGUAUGGCUAAGUAUUGGGAGUCUGAAAUCAGUCCAUCUUUUGUGAACUCUGUGGAGAGGUAGAAUUAUGGAGAACCGCUGGAACGGACACACGAAUCCAUGAAAUCAGUCGAAGGUUCACUGAUUGUUAAAGCUGGCAUGGCCAAAUGAAUUUGUUGUUAAACAAACCGGUUUGAAUUUGGACGAUUCGCUAGUAAAUGGGUAAUUCAACCAUUUAUCACAGAAUUCCCCAGGGAGUGUUGCACAGCACUCUGUCAUCCUUGGGGAGGAAGCUGUGUGACCUUUGUGUCUGCUUUUAUACUUUGUUUACAUUUGGGCAGUGGACAGUUGGCUCUCCCACAUUACCACAGACAUUCUGUUUCUUAUUACGAGUUAUUCAGGUCCCUUAUUCCUUACAUUCUCCAUCUAGGAGGAACAGUUAGUAUCAGGAGGCUCUGGUGCUGUCUGCCUUUGUAUACUAGCUAUGGAUGUUCUGUUUGAACAGUGCUCCUUCAAAAAUUGGCAAUAACAAAUCACCACAGUUAAAGCUUCAACAAUGUCUCAGACAACUUUCAGUUUGAAGCACACAGAUAUGACUGUUCAGUAUAUACGUCUGUGCUUUAACUGUGCUUUUUUCUGUCUCACAGUUCUCAGAAGUGGUCAUGGGUGCGUGAAGCAUGAUUACUUCGUAAUGGGUGGAGAUGUAUGUUAUCAGUGACUCAGUGAUUUGAAUCAAUCAGUGUUCUGCUAUAGACAUUUUUUUUUAUUGGUGAUAUGAGUCGGUGAUUGACAGCAGGCAGUAUCUCUACCCAUGACAGGGGUCAUGAGGAGUCACUCUUCCAGUACUAGUUGUUAGUUCGGUUCCACAUUCUAAUUUUGGGCAGGUCAGUGUAACGGUCUGCUUUUUUUUUUAUAGCGACACCAUUCUAAUGGGGAUAGUAAAUUAAGCCAACUGGUUUGCUGCACUUUCUCCUCAUUCAGACUCCUCCACUGGGAGUGGGCAGUUGGUCCUCUUAACCCAGAUCUGCCCACUUCUCUGAUGGCUUUAUGGGGAGUAGUUAAGUAUGUUGGCUGGUUCUCCAUAGAAUGCACAUCAUUGCCUGAACUUACAAGCCAAGGGACAGUCAUGCCAUAUAUCUGUUAUACAUUAUUACGUCUAAGUGGCAAGUGCAAUUGAAAUGAAUCAAAAAGCCAUGAUAGUUUGAGGACAAUGGAGUGAUGCAUUUUACAGCUUAUGUGAGCAGGAGGCCAC